AUGACAGCACCAGACGGUGUAGAAACUGCAGCAGCAGCAGAAACUGCUGCUGCUGUUGCUGCUGAAGAAACAGCUACGCCAAGCUCGUCUGCUGCUGCUGCUGCAACAACACCUGCAGCGGCAGAAGAAGAAGAAGCAACAGCAGCAGCAACGACACCAAAGCCUGUGGCCAACGGGGCAGCUUCCGGUAGUGGUAGCAGCAACGACAACAACAGCAGCAAUAGCAGCAGCAGCAGCCAGGACUCCAGUAACAGCAGCAACCCAAAGACUAGCUCUCCAGGGAGCAGCAGCAGCAGCAGCAGCAACAGCAAACCUCCAGAGAGCAGCAGCGGUGGCAGCAACGCCUCUAACAAGGCCGCAGACGCCGCCAGCAGUGGCAGCAGCAACAGCAGCAGCAGCAGCAGCAGCACGACCACCGGAAGCAGCAGCGAUGGCACCACUAGCGCCACCCAAGGAACUGAGGGCACCACUACCACCAGCAGCACCAGCAGCAACAGCAGCAACAGCAGCAGCAAGACGGUGCAGGCCCCUCCUAAGAGGGAACCACUUAAUGCCCUUGGGGGCCCCCCUAAGAGGUUGCAGACGGAGAUCCGUGCUGCUUCUAUGCGGCCGGACUACAGCAGCAGCAGCAGAGGCGGCAGCAGCAGCAGCAGCAGCAACAGCAGCAGCAGCAGAGACGGGUAUAGAGAUAGAUAUGGUGAUGCAAACCAAAGAUAUGGUGGUAUGAGGGAUAGGGAUGGCCCUAGGUACAGAGAAGGCAGCAGCAGCAGCAGCAGCAGCAGCAACAGCAGCAGCAAGGACUAUGGGGGAUGGAACAACAGAGGCCAUCCAGACAGUGGGAGACACAGCAGCAGCAGCAACAGCAGCAGCAGCAGCAGCAGCAGCAGCAGGAACGAUGCUGCAUUGAAGGCAAAGCCGCCGACAGAUUCCGCUGGCAGUCCUCCUGCCGGUAGCAGCAGCAGCAGCAGCAGCAACAGUAACAGCAGCAGCAGCAACAGCAGCAGCAGCAACAGCACAAACAACAGUGGUGGCGAGAAGAGUGCCACCGGCAUAAAGAGCACUGACGGCCAAGACCCUGCCAGCAGCAGCAACAGCAGCAACAGCAUCAGCAGCAGCAGCAGCAAUAGCAGCAGCACCAGCAGCAGCAGCAGCAGCAACAGGCCUGGUAAGCUAUCGUCCUUUUUGCUGCUAGCUGAGCAGCAGCAGCAGCGGGAGAUUUAUUCCUUAGAGGAGGUAGAGAGAAGAAGAAGAGAAGCAGAAGAACCAAAAAGGAUUACCUUUGUAUCUAAGAAGCAGCGAGAGUUACGGCAGCAGCAGCAGCAGCAAGAAGAAGCAGAACAAGCAAAGAGGAAAGAAAGAGAAAUGAUUAAUAAAAGAAGACUCUUCUUACAGAGAGAGGAGGUGGAGAGGGAAAGAGAGAGACGAGAGAGACAAAAGAAGAGAGAUAUGGAGAGAGUCAAGGAGGAGCAAGAAAAGAAGCUCCGAGAGGAGCAGCUGCGGCAGCAACGAGAGCAGGAGAAGAAUAAUCCAAGACCGAAGGAAGCAAGUCUUCUUGCUGAUCUUAAGCUCCUUAACCUCCCUGAACAAGAACUACGUGCUAAACAACAGGAGAAGGAACUGGAGCAGAUUCGCAUGCAUUAUUUGGGUAUGAAGAAGGAGAAGAAGAAAAUACAAAAACCAUCAGAGAAAUUUAGGAAUAUAUUUAACUUUGAAUGGGAUGCAAGCGAAGAUACAAUGAGAGGAGAUAACAAUCCUCUCUAUCAGAACAGAAUUGAGCCCCAACUCCUUUUUGGUAGAGGGUUUAGGGCUGGCAUGGAUAUUCGUGAGCAACGCAAAGCCAACAAUUUCUACGAUGAACUUGUUAAACGGCGACAAGAGUACGAGCUUAAGCAGCGUCAGCGUGGCGCUGAAGAAGCAGCAGCAGCUGCUGCUGCAGCAGCAACUGCAGCAGCCGAAGCAGCCCGUGCAAGUGAAAAGAAGAAGUCAAAGGAUAUGGAGGUAAGCAGCAGCAGCAGCAGCAACAGCAGCAGCAACAGCAGCAGCAGCACCCCAACCACCACCACCACCAUUAGAAGCACCACCUCCACAGCACCAUCACCAUUACCAUCACCAUCAGCAGCAGCUCCACCAGCAACAGCAGUAGCAGGAGCAGUAGCAGCCUCAGCAGCAGCAGCAUCAGCAGCAGCAGGAGCAGCAGCAGCAAAUUGUGUAUAA